UCUCUUCUUUGUCUCUCUUCAUCUCAAAACCCAUUAUAUAAACAAAUCCUCACUCCUCAGCCCUUUACUCUCACUCUCUCAUUGUAUACCAAAUCCUAAUUGAUUAAGUUUAAAAAAAAAUCAUUUCAUUGGAAUUUUAUGGUAAAGUUAUGGCAAUUCCUACGAGAAUUAAGGAUGCAGCUUUCCUCAUGCUUGUGAUGGUUGUGAGCAUGAUCAUGAGUUCGUCAUGCCAAGCGCAGCUGAUGUCCACCUUUUAUGACCGGACCUGCCCGGAUGCGCUCGGCACCAUCAGGACUGUCAUCGGGAAGGCUGUCUCAAAAGAGCAUAGGAUGGCGGCUUCUCUGAUUCGCCUUCACUUUCAUGACUGUUUCGUUCAGGGGUGCGACGCAUCGAUACUGUUGAUUAGUGGUGGCGAGAGAACUGCACAGCCCAAUAACAACUCGGUUCGAGGCUUUGAGGUGAUCGAUGACGCAAAGGCACAGGUAGAGAAGAUCUGUCCAGGGGUCGUGUCUUGUGCUGAUAUAGUGGCUGUAGCAGCUCGGGAUGCAUCCGUAGCUGUUGGAGGACCUUCCUGGUCUGUUAAGCUCGGGCGGAGGGACUCGACCACUGGAAAUGCAACCCAGGCAGUGGCCAAUCUCCCUUUCUUCACUGACGGCCUUGAUAUUCUCAUCUCUCGCUUUCACAAGAAAGGACUCAACAUUCGGGACAUGGUUGCGCUCUCAGGAGCCCACACAAUUGGGCAAGCCCACUGCUUCACGUACCGCGACAGACUCUACAGUAACGGAACCGACAUCGAUGCCAGCUUCGCAAGUGCCCGUAGGCGCAUGUGCCCGGCUAGCGGGGGCAACAUGAACCUUGCACCACUCGAUCCGGUCACCCCCAGCUCGUUUGACAACUACUACUUCAAGAACCUUAUGCAGAAGAAGGGGCUCCUGGUGACGGACCAGGCCCUGUACAGCAGUGGCCCAACAGACCGCAUCGUGUUGGAGUACAGCAAGAACUCGACGACAUUCAGAUCUGACUUUGCUGCUGCGAUGAUCAAGAUGGGAUAUAUCGAGCCCCUCACUGGCUCGCGGGGACAGAUUAGGAAGAUUUGUAGCGUAGUGAACUAAUGUGAGACGGUGUCUUUAUAUUUGAAAGCUUAAUGCAAAUCGGUUUUAUUGUGUU